CAACAUGUUAAAUGACCCUGAGCGUCAUGAUAAUCGUGUCCACAAUUACAUACAAUAUGUUCUUUAUGAAAUAAAUUCUUCUUGUUGACUUUUAAGUGUAUUAAAACGGUAAUUCCGGUAUUGUGUACACAUUGAUAGGUACACAUUGCUAGACUUGUUGUGAUUUGUUGUGUAGAUGAAAACAAAACACACACUGUCGGCAUGAAAUAAAAAUAAGAGAACAUGGAUUAGUAAAUCUGAACUGUGUAUGCAGCACAAACAUUUGGUCAAACUUUGUCGGAACGGAUAUUCUAUUGAAGAACACAAAGUCAUUCGAUUAUUGAUACAUUAAACAGUUAAAAGUAUGGAAACUACAGAACUUACCGGUGACGGCAUUGAAUCUGUGCACGUGUGGCAAGCGUAUGUUAUGUGUGCAAUGACAACUGUUAUGUUUUAUAUCUUGGGAGAAAUCUUAGAUAGACUCGGGAAACCUAAAUGUGUAGCACCAGAGGUAGAGUUCUGGAAGUGGAGAAAUAUUACGAUAUCAUGGAUACAUGGAGUUAUAUGCGGCACGUGGGUUAUUUUAUGCUUAGUUUUAUAUCCAGAUUUAGUACGAGAUCCAGUGGCUUAUAUAAACAACUUUAUGUAUCUAAUGGUGCCCUUUUCUGCAGGAUAUUUCAUAUAUGAUACCAUAGACAUGAAGGUGAAUAACAAGAUAGGAACAUACUGGGAAGUUACUUUACAUCAUUUUGUUAUAGUUUCGUCAUUUAUAUACAACUUUAACAUAAGAAGCUGCAUAGGAUAUAAUGUGAUUAUACUGAUGGCAGAAAUUAACACUAUAUUUCUUCAUAUGAGAAAACUCUUACAGAUGUGUCAUGUCGGAUUUGACACUAAACUAUACCGAUUUGUGUCUUUAUCUAAUAUUUUUACGUUCGUUACUUGCCGCCUAAUUCCAAUUUUACGUGUUUACUCAGGAUUAUAUUUAGAUUUUCAUAGAGUAAGUUUAACGUAUGUUUUUACAUUUUGGUGGACUAUAACAACUGGACUAGUUAUUAACUUGAUAUUAUUUGGGAGACUUGUAAAGUCUGAUAUUUUAAGAGGUUUUUCUGGAAAAGGAAAACAAAAAGUGGAUAACGCUUCUGGAAAAAGCAUUUUCGAAAAUGGCGACUUGAAUUUUGACAAAGACGAAUAAAACAUGUCAUGUGAUAUGAUAUAACAAUCAACAGUUGAAUGUUUGCAGUGUUAUAACAUAAUGUAGUUCCAGAAAUCUAAGAACCAAGACAAGACAAAAAGUUUUCUAAACUAGUUGCCCUACAAACAAUAGCAAUACGAAUAUUUGGUGCCGUUGACGGCUGAUAUCAUUGGACUAUUAUUGUUAUACUUUUGAUAUCCUUAAAAUGAAUUGGUGAUAUGAAGUUUG